AUGAUGAUGGCUAGUGCGAAAAUGGUGAGGGAUUGCAGCUCGGAGCUGAGCUCAGACGUGCGGUCCCUGUCGGUGGCCUCCUCUACGGAGGAACAGGACUCUACGACUACGGAGUCGGAAUACACUGAAGAAGAAAAGGAGUACGAACUGGAAGACCUUCAAAUAUUGAAAACUAUAGGCACUGGUACUUUCGGACGUGUCUGUUUAUGUCGAGACAAAGCUGCUGAUGAAUACCUUGCGAUGAAGAUACUGUCUAUGGCUGAUGUCAUCCGACUUAAACAAGUCGAUCAUGUCAUGAAUGAAAAAAACAUACUUGCCGAGAUCAACCAUCCUUUCAUAGUAAACUUACGGUGGUGGACACAUGACGACUCGUGCAUCUACAUGCUUUUUGACUACGUAUGCGGCGGAGAACUCUUCUCCUACUUAAGAAACGCCGGUAGAUUCAGCAACAGCAUCGGUAAUUUCUAUGCUUCAGAAAUUGUGUCAGCGCUUGAAUAUCUUCAUGCACGGAAUAUUGUGUACCGAGACUUGAAACCGGAGAAUUUACUGCUCGCCAAAGAUGGACAUUUGAAAAUUACAGACUUUGGUUUCGCGAAAAAGCUGACUGAUCGGACUUGGACGUUGUGCGGUACUCCUGAAUAUCUCGCUCCUGAAAUUAUACAAAGUAAAGGACACAACAAGGCGGUCGACUGGUGGGCUUUGGGCGUGCUAAUUUAUGAAAUGUUGGUGGGAUACCCGCCCUUCUACGAUGAUAAUCCGUUUGGUAUCUACGAAAAGAUUUUAAAUGGCCGCGUGGAGUGGCCUCGGCACUUGGAUCCUGUCGCCAAGGACAUCAUUAAGAAAUUACUAGUUCAAGAUAGGACCAAAAGGCUUGGCAAUAUGAAGUGUGGAACGGAAGACGUCAAGCGGCACCGAUGGUUUAAGCACAUAGACUGGGCGGAUGUCUUCAUGAAAAAGCUACAGCCACCAAUCUUACCGGCAGUGUCAUAUGAAGGCGACACUUCAAACUUUGACGAGUACCCCGAGACUGACUGGAAGGCAGUACGUUCACUCGAUUCCGAUGAACUUAAGUUGUUCGCUAACUUUUGA